CAGGAAGCAGCUUUAGAAACUGUGCUGCAGGCCGGGCUCAGUGCAAGAUGGCAGCUUCCAGGGCGGCAGUGCUGCUGUCAGGGGGUGUCAGGAGCUGCAAGGACUCUCUUCUGGGCGCCGUCUGUAGAAGGACCCUCUUCCCGAGACCCUCAAUAGCGGAAAUUGCUAAAUCCGUGCACAGCGCGUCUCCAUUAUGUGCAGCCCCAAAGAAUGAGGAGCCCGUGCACAGAAGCAGCAUGUACGUCGCUGGGGCCAAGGGCCAAAAUCCUAUGAAGAAAGUGGGGAUUGCAUGGGUGAUCGGCUUGCCUUCCGGCAUUCUGCUGUUUUUGUUUGCAAAGAACAAAGUUGACAAGAGGCGCUUGGAGCAGAUGAAGGCUCUACAGAGGAUGAGGGACGCUAACAAGGGGGAAUACAUGAGCGAGAGGUUCACCAAAUCUGUGUAGUCGCUGGAGCUGCGCCCCCUGCUGCUCAUGAGACAGAAUUGCCUUCCUCUGAUAUUACACCUGCCUCGUUUUCUGCACAAUAAUUAACCAGUUCAUAUCCAGGAACAGAUCCCCAUAGUGGAGACAUCCGGAUAUGUUACCAUCACUGAGAUCUCCAGGGUCAUACGAGGUGUCAAGCUGAUCUAAACUUAUUACCCUUUUUAUGCAUUCAAAUAUGUUUUUGUUUAAUAAAAUGUAUAUAAGUUAAAGUUACCAAAAAUGAUUUUAUGUUUGAAUCUUCCUAUAAAAUAAUUUAGGGGGAGAUUUAUCAAGCUGGUGUAAAGUAGAACUGGCUCAGCUACCCAAAGCAGCCGGUAUGGCCACUAUUAGGCGGGUGUUGUUUUUUUUUGCAUUUU